AUGGGCCACGCGGCAAGGUUAACCCAACAACAGAGACCGGUAUCCUCCCUAUUAUCCCACUUUGAGGGACUUUCGCAUCGCAAGACGAAAUCGACAGUCGGGACCAUUCCACACGAUUCUUCAAAUCGCUUCCUCAGGACCCCCGAACCUGGCGAAGAACCUCGGUCUUCAACCCGAGCCUCCUUGGACCUACCUCGGCCAGAUUGUCAAUGGAACUCCACUACGGAGGAGAGGCUAGGCCGUCGCAAUGAUCAAGUCAAUGACCAGCAGUUCCGGCCGCGUGGUUCGCCCGGAAGUCAAAGCCAACAUGGCCGGCCCAUCUCUAUGAACUUCCAGCAAUCGUCAUCGUCUCAACUCCCGCCGACCUUUGCUGUCCAUGCUCCUCAAUCGCCGCCACGUAGUCAACAAAGGGAACUUCGAUCGCCUAGCAAUGAAGACAACCGGACUACUAGGAGUUAUAUUCACCGCUCCAGGGAAUCUAUAUCUGCGGGUGUUUCCCCCGAUCCGUCCAUGCGAAUGACAACUCCGACGAAACUUGGAUCCUCUGUCCCAACGACGGAAACCAUGCAUAGAUUAUCGCCUAGUCUCUCUACCAUGAAUGGACGUGCAAGUCCAUUGGAUCGGAAACUUAAAAGUGCUUCAUUACCCCCGCCGGCGAACCGGGCAGAGAAGCCCAAAAUUCCAGCAAAGCCCGCCAUGUUUUCUCACCCGGAUACAAAUUCGUUGGCUCCACAGCCGGAAAAGUUAUCAUCUGAUGACCUGGUAUCGCCAUUCAGUACUCCUCCGAGUAGUCCAGAAAAGACUACUUCCAAGCCAGCCUCUGCUACAAAAUCUACCCCGCGACUCCCUCCUGGUAGGCCAUCAGCCGAACCUCUAACUCGCCACUCGUUUGAUCCACGACUCUCUCCUGGUAGGCCAUCAGCCGAACCUCUAACUCGCCACUCGUUUGAUCCACGACUCUCUCCUGGUAGGCCAUCAGCAGAACAUUCAACUCGCCACUCGUUUGAUGGGCGAAUCCCGGGCCCACUCUUGACUCCCAGGUAUGAUUCCAGGGAAACGAGCCUCUCCCGCACACGUCCGGUCCCCGAGCCCAAUCGAGGCUCGAAGCCAUUGAUGGUUCAGAUUCCAUCCACAUCUUCUACAUGCCCAGACUCAUCAACUGCUCCAAGUAUGUCUGCACAAAGACUUCGAGCUAGUGAUACUCCAAACGCUCGGCCUGGUCUUCCCCCAAGACCAACUUCUGCCCACCCCUAUCGAAGGACGCCUUCGCCUGCACGAGAUCUUCCCCAGCCUGUGGCUAGCCCGGCUCAAGUGGACCCAGUUCCUAGAGCUGCGCCAUCUUACCAUCAAUUUUCUGAGCCUCAUACUCCGCGUAUUGUUCAACGACAACCCUCUUUCCCACGCGAAUCGUCACUUAAAGAGCGCCGAGUAGUUCGAACAGACACAGAAGAAGAAGAAGUGGUGACUGACGAACCUGCAAUCUCACGGACUGAUUACCCCGACGCCUCACGGGCCAACAGACGUCCUCCGCUUCUCCGAACAGGCCCGACAGAGAUUCUUACCAAAUACGAUACUCGCUUGAUUGACGUGUGCGGAAAGUACGUUUGUACAACUGGGUAUAUCACCCGUGUUUGGGAUCUCACCACCGGUGAACAAGUCAUGAGUCUCAGCCAUGGCGAAACCGUGAAAUGCCUUUCCAUCGCUUUCAAGCCAGGGAACUCGCUCGAAGAGGAAGGCCAGCGGUUUUGGGUUGGCACCACCGCGGGCGACUUACAUGAGAUUGACAUCCAAUCGCGAUGCAUCGUGGCCACUCGCGCGUACCCCUCUCGUCGCGAGGUGAUUCAAAUUCUACGCCACAAGAAGGAAAUGUGGACUCUAGAUGACGAGGGUCGACUGCUUGUAUGGAUGCCAGAUGAAAGUGGCACGCCAAACCUGCAUUAUAGCUACCAUAGCCCUCAGGAGCGAGUAGCACGUGGACACACAUUCUCUAUAGUCGUGGAUGAUAAGCUCUUGUUGGCAGCUGGCAAGGAUGUUUACAUCUACCGGCCGGGCGCCCGAGAUGAGACUUCAUUUAAGCUCUUCAAACGGCCUAUAGGGCUACAACACUCCGGCGACGUAACAUCUGGUGCCUACACCACCAAGGAUGGCGGCCGAGUUUACUUGGGCCAUGCAGACGGCAAAGUUACUGUCUACUCUUCCAUUGACUUCUCUUGCUUGGCAGUCGUUAAUGUCAGCGUAUACAAGAUCAAUUGUCUAGGAUUUGUUGGAGACUAUCUAUGGGCAGCUUAUAAAACGGGUAUGAUCUACGUCUACGACGUCAGGACAAACCCCUGGACAGUUAAGAAGGACUGGCGUGCCCAUGCCAGCCCUGUAUCUGCCUUUGUGCUAGACACAAGCAGUGUUUGGACGAUGAAUCGUCUCCAAGUAACCUCGAUUGGUACCGACAAUUGCAUUCGUCUUUGGGAUGGCAUGCUGGAAGAUGAUUGGCUAGAUACUCGAAUGGAAAGCAAAGAUGUAGAGUUUUGCACCUUCCGAGAACUCAAAACCGUCGUUCUUACAUGGAAUGCUGGUGCUGCUACACCUGGCAGUGUGCGCACUUCUGAUUUCGUUAAAGACGCGCUUCGUCCAGAAGACCCUCCAGACAUUGUGGUUUUUGGAUUCCAAGAAUUGGUUGACCUUGAAAAUAAGAAAAUUACAGCGAGUCAGUAUCAGCCACCCUACAUUUCCGGUGUCUUGCUAACAUUGACCCCAGAGAGCUUGUUGCUUGGUAGCAAGAAGAAGGAGAACGGCGAGAAGGAACAUAUGAGCCGGCAGUACCGAGUCUGGGUCGAUCACUUGACUCGAACUCUCCACGAGUGCAUGCCUCUCGAGGAAUCCUACGUUCUUCUUCACACUUCCAACAUGGUGGGGCUGUUCACCUGUAUCUUUGUGAAGCAUAAGGAGCGCCUCAACAUCAAGAGCGUUUGCGCAUCUGAGAUUAAGCGGGGAAUGGGUGGAAUGCACGGUAAUAAGGGUGCUCUCAUCUGCCGAUUUGUCCUAGACGACACCUCUAUGUGCUUUGUCAAUUGCCAUCUUGCCGCGGGUCAAACGCAAACCGCAAAUCGCAACAAUGAUAUUGCCGCCAUUCUUGAGGCUGAAUCUCUACCUGCGGAGAACAGUCUCACGGCGCGGAGUGAUCAGUAUUCAAGUGGCGGUGAUGGUUCCAUGAUCAUGGACCACGAAGUGUGCAUCUUGAAUGGAGACCUGAACUAUCGAAUCGAUUCAAUCCCUCGCCACGUCAUUAUCAACGCCAUUCGCCAAAAUAACCUUGCCAAGCUUCUCGACCGCGACCAGCUUUUGGCCUCCCGGCGCAAAAACCCCGGAUUCCGACUGCGCAGCUUCAUUGAGGCACCGAUCACGUUUGCACCGACCUAUAAAUACGACGUUGGCUCUGACGAAUACGAUUCAAGUGAGAAGAAACGCUCCCCCGCCUGGUGCGAUCGCGUUCUCUACCGAGGCCCUGGCCGUAUCAAACAGCUCGAGUAUCGCAGACUUGAAGUCCGUGCCUCUGAUCACCGACCUGUCUGUGCGACUUUCAAGGUUCGCGUUAAGACGGUGCUGCCCCAAGAACGAGCUAUUGCUUGGGAAACUUGUCAGCAGGAGUUCCAAGAUGAGAAACGUCGGCUUGCUUCUGAAGCUAGCAUUGAAUAUCUCAUUACUGUUCUCGGCACGGAUGCCCGGCAAGCUCGUGCCUUGAUUUUGGGAACUGGGAAAAAUUAA